UGUGUGUGUGUGUGUGUGUGUGUGUGUGUGUGUGUGUGUCUGGAAGUGGAAAUGGGCAGCAGGGAGGAGGAAUGUGAAACAUUUCUGAUGCGGGUCCAGUGGCUGUUUACACGGUAGUCAGCCUGUGACAUCAGAGUCCAGACUUUAUAAAUGUCAGCAGGCGCAAGAAUGAGCAGUUAGCAAACAGCUGCACUGGUCGCACCACACCGUCACACAGGUUAGUGAGACAGACUGAGCUCCAUCAGCAACACAAGCCCUCAUGGACCGCCUGCUGUGUGACUGUGUGAUAGCUUUGGCUGUACUGCUGUGUGUGGCCACACAGGUGUUGUGCCAGCUGUGUGACAGGCCCUGCCUUUGUCCCAGACCUGCCCCCCAGUGCCCCUCAGGAGUACCACUGGUGCUGGAUGGCUGCCGGUGCUGCCAGGUGUGUGCCCGACAGAAAGGCGAGCCCUGCACGGAGAUGUUUCCCUGCGACAGCCAGAGAGGACUGCAGUGCGAUUACAGCGCCAGCUUCCCCGGGGACGCCGGGGAGUGUGUCAGUCAGGAGGAGCUGGGCUGUGAAGUCAACGGCAUCACUUACAAUGAAGGCCAGUCGUUUCAGCCCUCCUGUGACACUUACUGCCACUGUAGAGGUGGAGGGGUGACCUGUGUGCCAGCUUGCCCUCUGACUGGCCGUCUUCCCACGCCAGACUGCCCCAACCCACAAUACAUUCGGCUGCCAGGGAAAUGCUGCAAGGAAUGGGUGUGCGAAAACCUCGAGAACACAGUCAUUCAGGAUGCCAUCACAGCCAUGAGACCUGCCAGGUUGUGGCCAGCUCUGCCGAGGGAUCAUCCUCUUAACAGACUAGUCCCAGCUGCCUCCACCUGUACAGAGCAGAGCACCCAGUGGAGUGCCUGUUCCCAGAGCUGUGGGGCUGGGGUCUCCACACGGGUUUCUAACCAGAACCCAGCCUGCAAGCUACAAAUGGAAAUUCGACUUUGUAAAGUGCGGCCUUGCCAUACAGUUCAGCCUCCUCCAAGGAAGUCCAUGUGGGGUCAGCAGGGGCGGUGCAAGGCCAGCUACACAUCACCAGGCCCCAUUCGGCUCGUUCACCAGGGCUGCUACAGCACUCGUGCCUACAAGCUCCGAUACUGCGGACAGUGCACUGACUCCCGCUGCUGCACGCCUUAUCAAACCACCACUGCGGAGGUGACCUUCCACUGCCCCACCGGCAGACUGAUACAGCGAGCUGUGAUGAUGAUCCACUCGUGUGCUUGUCAUAACAACUGCCCCUACUCACCUUACAGUAACCCUGCUCUGUGGGGAUUCAGGCCCUAACUGGCCCGUAUGAGCACUGAUCAUGCAGAACAAUAAGACUUAACUGACUGAUUUGGGGGCCGGAAGUGAGGGAGACCUUAUGGAUCCACAAAGGAAUCCUUUAAUCAAUGGACCUUGAAAGACAAAAGAUAAUUGUAGAUACAAACUGUGAUGGAAUUGGGAUGAACGUUUAUCUUCACACAUGUACAAUCUCAAUCUGCACUUAUUGACAACUCUUUUACGCUCAUACAAAUUAGGAAGUCAUUAUACUGUUGGUUUUUACAUCAUCCAAUAAUCAAAAUUAUCUGGCAAAUCUAGAGAAAGCAAGCAAGUAAUUUACAGUACAGCACAUUUUAACAAAGAAGUUACAAAGUGCUUUACAGGAAGAAGAAAAGGGAAAGGGGAGAUAUAAAAGACAUAGAAGACAAUAAGUGUAUAACCCACAAAGUAAAGGUUAUAGAAUUAAGAAAACAAGUGGAUUUUAAGAAAGAUGUGCACUGACUUGCCUUCUUUUCCUCCUAGAGGUCAGAGGGCACAUAAUUCUUUAAGUACAGAGGUCCCUGAUCCCUGAGGUCAUCAUGCCUUGUAUGUCAAAAGUGAAAUUUAAUAUUCAUAUCCAUAUUCAAAGUGUCAGGGAGCCAAGAGAGAAACUAAAGCAGGUGAUUUAUAUUUAGUUUUUUUUUUUUUUUGCCAUUUUAAGUCAAGAAAGCGACAAUUUGCUCAGGCUGUUGAAUAAGACUGUAGUAGUGUUGGAGUGAUACGAUAAAAACAGGGGUGACUUUUUCUUUUGACUCAAAAUUUAGGUUGGGCCAAUUAAAGGUUGAAUGUGUAACAUUUAGGAGGAUCUAUUGGCAGAAAUGAAAUAUAAUAUGCAUGACUAUGUUUUCAUUAGUGUAUAAUCACCUGAAUGUAGGAAUCGUUGUGUUUUUUUGUUACCUUAGAAUAAGCCUUUUAUAUCGACAGACGCCUUCCAUGGAGGCCACCACGCUGAACUGCCAUGUUUCUACAGAAGCCCUGAAGGGAAAAAACAAACACUGGCUCUAGAUAAGGGCAUUGGCAUUUUUCAUGCAAUUUGCGGCCACCAUAGUUUCUCCUUAGAGCUCGGAAGGGGAGGAUAAAGCGAGUGAGUUGUGACCUGCAACUACACAUCUAGAUGCCACUAAAUCUUACACACUGGACCUUUUAAUUGAAAUUAAAUGAAGAUUUAGUAAAACAAUUUUUGUAAUUUUUCUAACCUAAACUAUGAAUUGACGACAGUUGGCCAUGAUGUUAAUUUGAUCAAGACAUAUUUACGCUGCUAACUGGCAAUAUAUGUUUUUAAGAGUCAAUUUCAAUGACUUAAAAAAUAUGUGUUUGUUUGAUAGAAAUGUAUGCCACAGAAUGACCCCAACCUUUUGUGUUGACAGAUAUUGUUUUCCAACAUAAGCAAUGCAACUUUUAACUUGUACAGUCUUGUGUGUUUGUAGUUAGAUGACUUUGCACUUAUUACUUUCUAUUUUCUGAUUUGUUGUAAAUAAUUCUGGACACAUGUGUCUUAUGUAUAGUGAAAAAUGUUUCAGUAUUUUACGUAUGUUCUAUAAUUUUACUCUACAUGAUUUUUGUCUUCUUGAUUUAUAUUUUUAUAUAUUUUCUUUAUUUUUAUACAUUGUUUUUUUAUUGCCUUUAAUCGAUAAAUUGAGAGAGAGAGAGAGAGAGAGAGAGAGAGAGAGAGAGAGAGAGAGAAGAGAGAGGACGACAUGCAGCAAUGAACCCACCGGCGCUGCAGCAAUGACUCAGAUUUAGUAUAUACGGCACCAGCUUUACCAGAUGAGCCAGGAUGCCCCUAUUUUUUAUAUUAUAGUAUUCACAGAUUUAUAUAGUCAUUUUGUACAUACUGUGGCUUUUUACCCUUUUUCUGAUUUUUCACUUCAUCGUUCAUCAACCAUUAUUGUACAGUACACAGUCUUCCUCUUGCUAAUGAGCUGUUUAAGCACACAGAAAUACAGUACACAGCACCACAGGAGUCAUUUCUGGUAUUUCAUAUUAAAAAUGAAGCCAAAUUAAUGUCUACUA